GACUAGAGUUUUCUCUUCCAUUUUCGUUCACCUUUUCUUCUUAUCUUCUCGUAUCUUCUACAUUUUACUAUAGUAAUUAAGGAUCAUCAUGGCCUUGCAGGUUCAGGCAGCCAUGCCAGCUAAAUCUUCCCUCAUAGCUCCCACUGGAAAUGCCGGUCUCCGGCUACCCUCCGACCGUUUUGCUCUCAAAUCGUCCUUCUUCUCCUCCUCGUCGCUUAGGCAGCUUCUCCUAGUUUCUCCUCAGAAUCAAUGUCAGUCUCUGGUUUCUUCAGCCCCAAGGUUCUCCAUGCGUGUGGCCUCCAAACAGGCCUAUAUCUGCCGAGAUUGCGGGUACAUAUACAAUGACAGAACUCCCUUUGAGAAAUUAGCUGACAGUUACUUCUGCCCUGUUUGCGGUGCUCCCAAGCGGAGAUUUAGAGCAUACCAGCCUCCAGUCACCAAAAAUGCUAAUGACAAAGAUGUUAGGAAAGCCCGGAAAGAACAGCUUAAGAAAGAUGAAGCAAUCGGGAAGGCACUGCCUAUUGCUGUUGCAGUUGGAGUUGCUGCACUUGCUGCAUUGUACUUUUACUUAAACAACACCUUUUAGGCUUGGGAUGGUUGUAAGCAUAUGUUGUUGUACCAUGGUUUGAAGCUCCAAAACCAUUUUGAGUAAUUCAUAGUUCUUCAAACUGUCGUCACUCCCUUGUCUAAUCCCUGCAACUACAAUUACAAUUCAUCUCAUUUGGUUAAAGCUGCUAAAAAACUACAAAGGGAGCUGAACUAAAAGGCAGCUGCAUUAUAUUCAUGUAUGGAAAAGUUACAAAAAUCUUUCAAACAUACAAUGUAAGAGGAAAUUGAUUUCAUCAAAUCCUUCACCAUAUUUGUUGAUUUAAAUUUUCAUCUAUAGUUAGUCAUAAGGUUGACCUUU